CCAGCUCUCGCAGUCCGGGGAGGAGGAGGAGCAGGAGGAACGCGAGGAGGAAGGAGAGGAGGAGCGGCCAGCAGUAGCCACGACCGCCACCACCAGGCAGAGGAAGAGUUCGUGGGAAGGAAAAGACCCUCCUCCCCCUUGGAGCCCCUUCUAUCUGCUUUUGGAGAAAGGGAAUAAACGAUAAAGAGGGAGACGGAAAAAAGAGAAAAAGUGAGGCGGGAGACAGAGGGAAAAGGGCGUGAACAGAAAGGGCCGGAGCGUGCAGGGGAGCCCAGGGCGCGGGGGCGGCACUGCCGAGCCGGGAGCGCUGCCGCUUGGGCAGGUGCCGCGGCCGCUGCCCGGAGGCGGCAUGUGACGCGCGGCCACAGCUGCCCGCGGGCGGAGCGCUCUCAGACCCCGGAGCGCACACCGCGGUGCCAUCGGUGCCUUCGCGGAUCCCCAGGCUCCUCGUCAGUCCGCCGGGGCGGCAGCAGCGCUUCUGGGAAGACGGGCAAUGAACCGAAGGGCAGCUCCUGGCAGGGGCACGCGAUCCUAAGGACAGUCGCUACCUGAACGCUGAGCCGGAGGAGACGAAGGGACCGUGGAGCGGACGCCACCCGCGCACCGGGCAGGCGCGGAGACCGGCGUGGGACAGCCACCUGGAGCGCAGCUGCCAGAUAUGAACAGUAAUGGCACAUAUUGUGGUUGUGAGUCACUCAGUGGACUGUGGAUUGAAUGAACUGUAUCCAUCCCCAUCAUGAUGUACAACACCAAGUCUCUUCACUACUUUUGCUGUGGCAUGGCACCUGGUCUCUUUCUAGAAGGAAAGUUCAACAAACAGCACAACUCUGGACACAUUGUAUUGGUUUGAUGACCCUACCUGGAACAGGUGGAGCUGGUCUCUUGGGCAGCCUGACAUCUGGUCCACUCCUCUGUCCUAUGCCGGGAUCAUCAUGACUGUAGAGAUUACGUCACUGUUUUGCAUCCUUAUUACAUAACUCAGUUCCUGGUAGAUUACUAUGUCAGAGAGUCACAAUGACCUUGCACAAUAACAGUACAACCUCGCCUUUGUUUCCAAACAUCAGCUCCUCCUGGAUACACAGCCCCUCCGAUGCAGGGCUGCCCCCGGGAACCGUCACUCAUUUCGGCAGCUACAAUGCUUCUCGAGCAGCCGGGAAUUUCUCCUCUCCGAACGGUACCACCGAUGACCCUCUGGGAGGUCAUACCGUCUGGCAGGUGGUCUUCAUUGCUUUCUUAACGGGCAUCCUGGCCUUGGUGACCAUCAUCGGCAACAUUCUGGUAAUUGUGUCAUUUAAGGUCAACAAGCAGCUGAAGACGGUCAACAACUACUUCCUCUUAAGCCUGGCGUGCGCCGAUCUGAUAAUUGGGGUCAUUUCAAUGAAUCUGUUUACGACCUACAUCAUCAUGAAUCGAUGGGCCUUAGGGAACUUGGCCUGUGACCUCUGGCUUGCCAUUGACUACGUAGCCAGCAAUGCCUCUGUUAUGAAUCUUCUGGUCAUCAGCUUUGACAGAUACUUUUCCAUCACGAGGCCGCUCACGUACCGAGCCAAACGAACAACAAAGAGAGCUGGUGUGAUGAUCGGUCUGGCUUGGGUCAUCUCCUUUGUCCUUUGGGCUCCUGCCAUCUUGUUCUGGCAAUACUUUGUUGGAAAGAGAACUGUGCCUCCAGGAGAGUGCUUCAUUCAGUUCCUCAGUGAGCCCACCAUUACUUUUGGCACAGCCAUCGCUGCUUUUUAUAUGCCUGUCACCAUUAUGACUAUUUUAUACUGGAGGAUCUAUAAGGAAACUGAAAAGCGUACCAAAGAGCUUGCUGGGCUGCAAGCCUCUGGGACAGAGGCAGAGACAGAAAACUUUGUCCACCCCACAGGCAGUUCUCGAAGCUGCAGCAGUUACGAACUUCAACAGCAAAGCAUGAAACGCUCCAACAGGAGGAAGUACAGCCGCUGCCACUUCUGGUUCACAACCAAGAGCUGGAAACCCAGCUCCGAGCAGAUGGACCAAGACCACAGCAGCAGUGACAGUUGGAACAACAAUGAUGCUGCUGCCUCCCUGGAGAACUCCGCCUCCUCCGAUGAGGAGGACAUUGGCUCCGAGACGAGAGCCAUCUACUCCAUCGUGCUCAAGCUUCCAGGUCACAGCACCAUCCUCAACUCCACCAAGUUACCCUCAUCCGACAACCUGCAGGUGCCUGAGGAGGAGCUGGGGAUGGUGGACUUGGAGAGGAAAGCUAACAAGCUGCAGGCCCAGAAGAGCGUGGACGAUGGAGGCAGUUUUCCAAAAAGCUUCUCCAAGCUUCCCAUCCAGCUAGAGUCAGCCGUGGACACAGCCAAGACUUCUGACGUCAACUCCUCAGUGGGUAAGACCACGGCCACUCUACCUCUGUCCUUCAAGGAAGCCACUCUGGCCAAGAGGUUUGCUCUGAAGACCAGAAGUCAGAUCACUAAGCGGAAAAGGAUGUCCCUCGUCAAGGAGAAGAAAGCAGCCCAGACCCUCAGUGCGAUCUUGCUUGCCUUCAUCAUCACUUGGACCCCAUACAAUAUCAUGGUUCUGGUGAACACCUUUUGUGACAGCUGCAUACCCAAAACCUUUUGGAAUCUGGGCUACUGGCUGUGCUACAUCAACAGCACCGUGAACCCCGUGUGCUAUGCCCUGUGCAACAAAACAUUCAGAACCACUUUCAAGAUGCUGCUGCUGUGCCAGUGUGACAAAAAAAAGAGGCGCAAGCAGCAGUACCAGCAGAGACAGUCGGUCAUUUUUCACAAGCGCGCACCCGAGCAGGCCUUGUAGAAUGAGGUUUUAUCAAUAGCAGUGACGAAACGCACACAUCAACCCACAGACCUUAGGAGGAGGAAGCUGAGGGUGGGGUGAUUUCCGGUGAUGAUAAAAAUGAUUUUAUCACCCGGAUGUGAAAGAAGCUGCCUGUUUACUGAUCCAUUGAAUAAACCCAUUUUAACAGAAAAAGUCAAUACCAAUUUAGCAAA